GAAGGGGCGAUCCCGGGGCGGUCCCAUCCCGCGGCGGAGCCCCUCGGCCAUGGCGAAUCACCUGCGCUUCAUCGGCCGCACCGUCAUGGUGCAAAAUGGUAACGUGGAUGCGGCCUAUGGAGCGCUGAGCAGGAUCCUGACGCAGGACGGCAUCAUUGAGUCAGUGAAGCAGCGGCGCUACUACGAGAAGCCUUGCCGCAAGAGGCAGCGCCUGGCCUACGAGGCGUGCCGGCGCGUCUACAACGCUGAGAUGGCGCGCAAGAUCACCUUCCUCGCCCGCAAGAGCCGCGUGGACCCCUGGCUGGGCUGCUAGUGGGGCUGUGGCCGUCUGUCUGCGUGGCCGUCUGUCCGUUGGGCCGUGCAUCUGUCCGUUAAUAAAAGCUGUGUGCAGCUCUCUGGUUCA